AAUGUGCUUCAAGAAAUAUUCCAAAGAAAAGGCCUACGUGUCAAUCUGGCAUUUACAGAUUUGGCCUGUAAUGAAAACGCACCAAGAUAUGCAACUUUCAAACAGCAGCUUUUAAUGUUACAGAUAUCAUUUCAUUGCAUAAAAUACUUUUUAGUAUCUGUAUUGUAUUGUAGCCUCCAUCUUCCUUAAAUCAUACCGAAACCAGAAUUUUUCUUCAUCAUCUCUAAUGGAUUUUCAUCAGAACUUGUUCUUACGUUUUCUAAUUUUUAUCUUGUUUUUGUCUCACUCGACUCUCCGUUCCCUUGGAUGGCGCCAGAGCAGAAAUUUGCAAGAAGAAGGAUUGAUCACCGGAGGAGCUUCUUCUGCUACUUUUGAUCCUACAAGGGUCAUCCAACUUUCUUGGCGUCCCAGGGCAUUUUUGCACAAGAAUUUUCUGACAGAAGAGGAGUGUGAUCAUCUAAUUCUUCUGGCCAAGGACAAGCUGGAGAAGUCUAUGGUUGCUGACAAUGACUCUGGUAAAAGUAUUGAGAGCGAGGUCCGGACAAGCUCUGGCAUGUUUCUGUGGAAAGCUCAGGAUGAAGUAGUUGCUGGCAUUGAAUCACGCAUAGCUGCUUGGACAUUUCUUCCUGUAGAAAACGGAGAAGCUAUGCAAAUACUGCAUUAUGAGCAUGGUCAGAAGUAUGAGCCACAUUAUGAUUUUUUCCACGACAAGGCUAAUCGGGAUUGGGGAGGUCACAGGGUGGCUACAGUACUAAUGUAUCUGUCAAAUGUUGAGAAUGGUGGGGAAACAGUUUUCCCCAGAUCAGUGGAAGGCACUCAGACAAAGGAUGAUAGUAUGUCAGAUUGUGCUAAGCAAGGUUACUCGGUGAAACCUCAAAAGGGCGAUGCUUUGCUCUUUUUCAGUCUCCAUCCUGAUGCAACUACAGAUUCACUGAGCUUGCACGGGAGCUGUCCUGUGAUUGAGGGUGAAAAGUGGUCUGCUACCAAGUGGAUUCACGUAAGAUCAUUCGACGUACCACAAACCACAAACAAGGUCUGCGCUGAUGAACAUGAGAAAUGUGCUCUGUGGGCUGCUGCAGGUGAAUGCGAAAGGAAUCCUCAUUACAUGGUUGGUUCCAAGGUUGAGAAGGGAUAUUGUAGAAAGAGUUGCAAUGUGUGUUCUUCAUAAGAAUCUUAACAGGAACUUAAAUUGACCUACAUUUUUUUAAUAAAGCAAAGAAUUGUACUUUUUUGUGCU